AUACAGCGCCCAUUGCGCGUGUGUCGACGAUGUCAUUUAACUUGGCAAUCGGCUUUAAUUACAACAUUAAUUAUCCUGCACGCCUUUUCUCUGGGGAAGGGCAAUCGCAUAGGCUACUACAGUAUCUGCAUCCUAUUGUGUUAGGCUUUUGAAAUGCCUCACGGUGUGCCAAUCUAUAUUUGCUCAUAUCCUAGAUAUGGCGUUAAUGGUUUACAUUACACAGGUGUGGGCUGGGAACAGAAGGGACGCGCAAGUUGAACAAACACCUGCAUUUGGUAAUUUUUUUUUUUUUAUUAAAGAAGCACACGUCAUCUUUACUCAGCACUCAGGUGAGCUGCAGACAGGUGGGGUGUAAGGAGAAGUGGUCCUUCUUUAAGUUUUAGGCCCACCUUAAACAUUAAACUACCCGAGCUGAUAAUUUGAAUGGAGGACUUCCACGUGUGUCCAGUGACUAGCUACUACAAAAGGAUCCUUCUACCAGUGGCCUACAGCCUUGUGUUCCUGCUGGGUCUAAGUUUAAACGGUGCCCUGCUGUGGUGCGUCGGCUGUCGGACGCGCCGCUGGAGCAGCACGGUCAUCUACAUGACCAACCUCGCCGCGGCGGAUCUGCUCUACGUGCUGGCCUUGCCCCCUCUCAUCGUCAGCAAUGCCAUGGGCGGCCUGUGGCCCUUCGGCAACAUCAUCUGCAAAAGCGUCAGGUUUUUCUUUCUCGUCAACCUCCACUGCAGCAUGAUGUUCCUCACGUGCGUCAGCGUGCACCGUUUCCUCGGAGUGUGCUUCCCCAUCGCGUCUGUGCGCCUCAGGACCAAGAGACUCGCCCUCUUCGCGUCAGGUUCGGUUUGGAUCCUGGCCACUGCAGAGAUUUUACCCACACUGAUCUUUGCGCACACAGGUGUGAUCAACAACAUGACUGUGUGCUUUGAAAUGACUGACCCGGGGCAAUUUAAAGUUUACUUUCCCUACGGGCUGUUUUUAGCCAUAGUAGGUUUUCUGAUCCCUUUCCUCGUCGUCAUCACCUGUUACUGCUCCAUGAUGACAGUGCUAUAUUGCAGGGACGGCAUCUCUAACGCAAGGAUACCUCGUAAGCGCAACAAGUCUCUUUACACCAUCUUAAUUGUGUGUCUCAUGUUUGUGGUGUGUUUUGUGCCGUAUCACGUUGCUCGGACAGUCUACUUGUUUGUGAGGGUCUACAUGCCCGGAGACUGUCAUCUUUUGAACGUAGUCAUGAUCUCCUUCAAGGUGUGGAAGCCUGUGGUCAGUUUUAACUCAUGCGCAAAUCCUCUCCUCUACUUUUUGGGCUGUGAUCGGCACCGCCAGCAGCUCCGGGCCUGGCUGUGGAGGAGGGGGAAGAGAGUCCAGCCUACCGUGUGUCUGUUGGAGGAUGUAGCCUACGCAGCAGGAACAGGUCGACAGGGUAGAGAGAGAGAGCAUCCAGCAGUGACUUUUUUAUCAUGAGUCAGUGGGCGGCAAUGACACCGGGACUGUACCGACAAGGUAUAUAAGCUGUGUUUAAUAAUUCCCUUUUAUUAUUUUAAAUAUA